GCUCUGCCUUCUUUGCUUCGUGGCUUCUUUUAGAAGAAUGAGCCUUGUGUUCUCCAGUGCAGAGAGGAAUUAAGGAACAGACUUAAAUGAACUAACUCAGGAGGCUGUAGCUAGCCCCAAGAACAAAUGAAGACAGAUUAUUUUUCUUGAUCUUAUUUUUUGCAGCAUUUUAUGCUAUGCAUCAUCCAGACGGAGAAAGGAAGGGGGCAGAGGCAGAAAAUCAGCCAACAGCAAUGGAGGAGGAGGAGGAACAGCAACCCAUACCACCCCCUGAUGGAGGAUGGGGAUGGAUGAUAGUGCUUCACUUCUUUCUGGUAAACGUGCUCGUGAUGGGAAUGCUGAAAACCUUUGGAAUUUUCUUUGUGGUCUUUCAAGAAGAGGUGGGAGGCUCUUCAGAACAAAUCAGCUGGAUCGGCUCCAUCAUGUCCUCUCUUCGCUUCUCAGCAGGUCCACUGGUCACUAUAGCCUGUGGGAAGCUGGGGGACCAGCUGACUUCCAUCAUUGGGGCAGGCCUAGUUAGCAGUGGUUGUCUGAUCAGCACACAGGCCACUAGUAUCUCCUUCCUGUGUGUGUCUAUGGGACUUCUACUGGGGCUAGGCUUUGCUUGCUUGUAUCAAGCAGCUGCUGUGAUGACUGCCAGGUACUUUAAAAAGCGACUGGCUCUAUCCAAUGCAAUCGCUCGCUCAGGAAUGGGACUGACAUUUAUACUAGCACCUUUCACUCAACUUCUGAUAGAUUUUUAUGGUUGGCAAGGUACCUUACUGAUCUUUGGAGGGAUCAUGUUAAACCUUGUGCCUUCUAGUAUGUUACUGCGACCUGUUAACAUCAAGAAUCUCCAGGACUUUUCUGGUAGAAAUGUAGACAGUGGAUCAUUAACACAAAGUAAACAUCCAGCAACUCUUACAAGCCACCUAGAUGAAAUCAGUACCACAGAAACACAGUUUAAUACUAGACUGGAUUCUCCUAUGCAAGAUUCCACUGUCACAAAUGGGCUCCACUCAGCUGGAACAUUAGGAUCACUAGUUCCAGUGAACUCUGCUGGUUUGGAAGGGUCUGAGAGAGAAACCUCCAACUGCUACGCUCCUGGCGGAGACAGUGACAGGGACUGCAGCUAUAACAACCUUCCACUGCGAAAGGAAUGGAAUUCCCACUCACGGCCAGUUCCCUGCAGGCAGCCUCUUCUUGAUUUCUCACUGCUGAAAGAUCCCUUCUUCUGUAUUUUUGCCUGGUCAUUUUUGUUCAGCCAGCUGGCCUACUUCAUUCCCACCUUUCACCUGGCAGCAAGAGCCAAAACCUUGGGCAUAGACAGCAUGGAUGCCUCUUACCUCAUUUCAGUGGCUGGGAUUAUAGAGACAGUCAGCCAAUUGCUUUCUGGCUGGAUUGCUGAUCAGAACUGGAUCAAGAAGUAUCAUUACCAUAAGACUUACCUUCUUCUGUGUGGCAUCACUAACCUGCUUGGUCCUCUUGCCACAUCCUUCCCAUUACUUAUGGUCUACACAGUAAGCUUUGCCAUUUUCUGUGGAGGAUACCUGGCUCUGCUGCUCCCUGUGCUGGUAGAUUUUGUAGGUGUCCCCAGACUCCACAGUUCUUUAGGAUUUGCCUCAUUCUUUGCUGGGAUAGCAGCCAUCGCUGGACCUCCUAUAGCAGGUUGGCUGUAUGACUACACUCAGACAUAUGCCUGCUCCUUUCUCUUUGCUGGAACAUGUUAUCUCAUCGCACCCAUUUCCUUCUUCUUCGAGCCUUCGGCCCAUAAAUGGAAGCUACGGAAAGAAAAGGAGUUGAAUGAAGUGACCACUUAGCGGAGAGGCUCUGCUGCAGUUGAAAGAAAAGAAGAAGCCUGACUUCAGUAUAUGAUCAGAAGGUGAUAAUUAGGACAGACUUUUCACUAAUUCAUAAAAGAUGGUAGAAAAAUGAAAACUGACAUUUGUCGCAACAAAAGACUCAAAUGAGCUUACUGUCCAUAAAUGUUACUUCAUGAGCAAGUGGUGUUUAAGAUCAAGAUGAGCCCAGCAAGAUGUGCAUUUUGGCUAACAAGACUUUUUGUUCCUAAAAUAUCCCCAGUUUGGCAUGAAGUCUAGUCAUCUCUUAAAACAACUUUACUGCUUCUCUUCUUUCUCCAGUGUAUAUUAUCUCAUAUGUUUAACAUGAUUAGUAAGAGCCUUUGUGUUAAGCAAUUCAUUUCUGCUUUUCCAGCUUGCUUAGCCAGUGUCCUUAAGCCUGAAGGGCAAAAAGAUAAUAAAAGGUAAUAAUUGUAGAUAUACCAAUCUCCUAGAACUGGAAGGGACCUUGAAAGGUCAUUGAGUCCAGCCCCCUGCCUUCACUAGCAGGACCAAUUUUUGCCCCAGAUCCCUAAGUGGCCCACUCAAGGAUUGAACUCACAACCCUGGGUUUAGCAGGCCAAUGCUCAAACCACUGAGUUAUCCCUCCCCCUAAUCUAAGGGCAAUCUAAACCCAGUCAACCCAAACAUAUGGAGUUAAAAACAGACUCACCUUUCAACAUAAAGCAGAUAAGGCCCUCAAAAGUGCUAAAAUAGAGGAUCUUGUUAAAAAUAUCUGGAAUAAUGAUCCAGGGAAGAGAGUGCUCUAAAGAGAAUUAAAUUUAAGCUUCAGAGAAACAGAGGGAGUCCAUAAAAACCUGUUUUUCUGCACCAAGGAAACAACAUUGUGACUGCUAAAAGUUCUCCUGACCAUUGGCAUAGUGCAUCUUUGUUAUAACACACAGGAUGUUGGAAUCAAACAAAUUUAAUUAAAGAAGGCACUAAGAUAUAAUAUUAAAUUCAAUCCUCUGUUCAUACAAUAUAACCAAUUGUUAUUUGAUGUGCUGAGUAUAUUUUCAUUAAAAAUUUAGCAACACAGCUGGAAUUCCUGAGUUGGAAAGAAACCUUUAGAAAAGGAAUGGGACUAGAAAAAGAGACCCUUCUGAAACCAGCAACUCUCACUUCUAGCCCCAUAAGUUACUAUACUCCCAUAUAAUGCAAAAGGGAAGGUAUAUUAGGUCAGAUGGUCUUUUCCUGUUAUUUGUAUAACAAUGCCCUGAGGCCCAACCCAGACUGUACUAGACACUGGGCAAAUGACUUAAGAUAAUUUCUAGUCCAAAGAUUUUACUAUCUAAACAGAAAAAAAAUGGGUGGGAGGUAGAGAGGUGAACACAUUUGCUCAAGGUUACACAGAAGGUAAGCAGCAAGCUACAAACAGAACCCAGGUCUCUGGGCUACCCAUUCAGGUGCACUGUGUACCAGGCCACACUGCCUAAUGUGUCAUACAAUAGCAGGUUUAAAAGGACUGUAAGGCAGAUAUCAAAGGCUCCUCCGAUCUCCUUCCCAUCCCUCCAAGUGACUGGGGCAUGCACAGACUACAUUCAGCUGUCAGAGCCAAGGCAAAAACUUUAGUUUAACCUUAUCUGGUUGGGCCUAUGUAUUAAAUAAAUCUCCAGACAGUCUAAAAGGAUCAAGAGGUGUGCGCACAUUGCAGGGAAUAUACAAUAUAUUCCUACUUUCUCCUAAAGGUGGAACCUCCGAAUAUUCCCUAGAAAGGCAAAAAACUGUGCAUGUGCUCUAAGGGGGGAGUGAGGUGGGGGAUUUCUCCCCAACUCAUGGCAAUCAGUGCAGUUCUUUACACAUGAUCAAGCGUCACUAGAGUUAAACAUCUAAUUCCAUUUAUGCCCCCAAAUAUCUUUAGUAUCCAAUAUGCCCCUUAAAUAUCUGGGCAUGUUGUAUUACUGUUCUCACUUAGCCUCCAUUCUUCGUGUUUACCUAGACACUUCACACCAGUUUGAACGUAGCAGCACGAAAAUGUUUAAAGCGAUUUCUGAAGGGCAAGAUCUAAUACAGCAGCUUUAGCUUUCUUCACACUACAGUGACUUCAGGCUUUGCAAUAUCUAUCAUCAGCUAUUUGAAAACUAUUAAUUGAUCUGGAAUCUGCAGUAUUUUUCAAUGAAAACUAUUUUGGUUAAUGGCACAAUCCAUCUUCUAUCAUUAAAAGAAUUUUCCAUUACAGAAACAUUUAACAUGCAAUUUCAAGCAUGAAAGUAAAUGGUGUAUAUUUAACAAAAAACUACCAAACAUUACAAGUUUAUUAAGGAUCUGAGACAUUGCUGAAGGCAAGAAGACUCACUUAAGGACAAUGGGCCAAAUUCGGCCCUCAUCUAACUCCACUGGUUUCAAAAAAAUCUGUGCCUGCUUAUACCAGGGAAAAAUUUGGCUUUAAAUCUGCAAUAUUUGUCAAAUAUAAAUGAUAUUAAGGUGCCUGAUUUUUCAAAGAUUCAGAAUUCUCACAGCUUUGAAUAAUUUCAAUGGAAACUGCAGGCAAGGAACACCUCUGGUAGUCAGUCCAUUAAUCUCUAACUGUAUUAUCAAAUGUUACCCUCUGAUUUGGUUGAGUGAAUUAACUCUUAAAUCCAUGACACAAGAAAGAUGUACUAGACAGGGAUUUCAGAAGGAUAGCUUGGUUGGAGGAGGGAUAGCUCAGUGGUUUGAGCAUUGGCCGGCUAAACCCAGGGUUGUUAGUUCAAUCCUUGAGGGAGCCAUUUAGGGACCUGUGUCAAAAAUCUGUCUGGGGAUUGGUCCUGCUUUGAGCAGGGGGUUGGACUAGAUGACCUCCUGAGGUCCAAGCACACUAGCCUGGAUGAAGAGCACCUAGAAUGCCAUAUACCUUGAUCUUCGCUAUGGCAAGUGAGGGCCUCGCUAGAUGCCCCUUUCUUAGGUCAAACUCUGCUGCCAGGCAAGACUAGUGUGGCAGCUGUGUAGCAGCGUUCACUAAUGCAGGAUCGGAUUCCCAGGUUCUCCAUCUUGCUUUUCACUUUUAAGUGGUCAUUACUCUGCACCUGCACUGUGUAUGAUCAAACAAAUAUCAAUAGGCCACUGAACACCUUUCAGGAAGUAAUUGCUUCCAUUAACAAUGGUUGAAUCAAUGACAAAGGCUCUAUCUCCUCAUUACCUUGAACCAUGCAGUUCAUUUCUUCCUCUGCCAAGCCUAUCCUUUGCAUGUUCUUAGGCUCCCCGUGGACACUUUCAUAAGGAAGAGUGAAAUACAAUUCUUAUAAGCAAUGAGACUUAUAGGAGUUGAUUCAUAUUAUUGUUCCUAUACUUGAGAAUCUGUCUAAGAGCAGCUUUUGGGAGAUGAAGUGAAAGACCAAAAGGAUAAAUACCACAACGUAAGGGUACGACCAGACUCAGAAUGGCAACAAGACUCAAUGUGGUGAUAAAUCAUUCCUUCAGCCUGGAAUAGUUAAAGGUGCCUAAAGGAAGUAAGCACAAUCCCCCCUCCCCUGCCACUUGGGCCAUCCCCCUUCACCAGGCAGGAUUAGUGUUAUAGCGCCGGGGCAGAGGGUGCUAAUGUGGAUGGUCAGGGCAAGGAAGAAGCAGCAGAGAAGGAUGCUGGCCUAUGAUUUUAGCAAGGUACAGUUGAAUUUCAUUUGUCACAGCAUUUUUUAAAUCAAUCAGCACAAAAUCCUUGACUUUUACUAAAUACUUACUGCAACUGCUCUCAUUUUUGAUAAAAAUGCAGUAACAAAUCUAAAACCUUAUGGCUGUUCACCAUGACUGAUUAAAAAAAAAAAAUCACUCAUCUUGGUGGCUUUCAAUUGUUUCUGUAGAAAAAGCGGUCAAAUUUGCAAAAAAUAAAAGUUAAUGUAAGAGUUUAUACAGUAUUUUAAAUCCUUACCUUAUAUAUCUGAAGACCCAGUACCUGUUUCCACAAAAGCAGAAAUUAUUGUAAAUUUGUUAGUACUCCGUCUCUCAGUUGCGGGCUUUCAGUUCCUGCUUCCAUAUCUGUGGAAACCUACAUUGGACCAUCAAAAGUCAUGGCAAAGGUUUAAAAUAUAGCUUUAGACAACUCCAAGCUACACAAAACAAGUCUUAUCCCUGCCUUAUAGUUUGCAUAGCAACCUUUUCAACCAAAAGAGUUAACGGCCAAAUAUAAGACCUUAUGUUGUCAAUGUCAGCUGCUGACUGCUUGCUAAGGUAAGGCCUUGUCUAUACAGGGAAACUGAUUGGAAUAUUUAUUGUAGAAUAAGCACAGUGAUUAUUUCAGCAUUAAGUGACUUACGCGAGAAGAGUGUGUCCACAUGGGGAGCUAUUCCAGAACAGCUUAUUCCAGUCAAUCCCCCUGUGUAGACAAGGCUUAAGUGACAAUUUCCAAAGCCAACUGAAGAAUUAAAACUCACUUAACGUUUAAAAAGCUGAAGGCAGCAUGGCCAAGCAGUUUGAGCACAGGGACUGAAGUCAAGGACUCCUCACUUCAAUCGCAGCUCUGCUAUUGGCCAGCUGUGACCUUAGGCAAGUUACAUCACUACUGUACCUCCAUUUCCCUAUGUACAAAAUGGGGCUAAUGCUAUUCACCGCCUAUAGGGAUACUGUGAGAAUAAAUGUUUGCACAGUUGUUUCAAAAUGUAAAGCGUUUAUAGUGAGCAUUAGUUAUGGGAAAUAAAAAGCAUAUUUAAAGUUUACAACUUUUUAAUAAGAACUCAUGCUUUUUAGUGGCUAUGUUGGACACCCACACUUUUUUUGGCUGAUUUAAGGUACACACCAAUACACCCAAGGUUGAGUACUUGACAGAACUACACCCCUUCAGCUGCCGCUUAUUUGUGCCCUAACGGAGAAUAACAUGAUGUGAAAAAUGAUAAAAAGAAACUCAGGAAAAGAUGUGUCAAUAUGGCUUCCCAUCACCCAGGCACUGGGAAGCAGGAUGGUUCUCCCCUCCUCAG